AUGAAGAGCGGCGAUGCGAUCGCGAUCGAGAUGCAGGAGACGAGCGCCGCCUCCAAAGGGAAAGCGCCGCUCAUCCCGGCGCCUCUGCCGCCGCCGAGGCCCGACGGAUGGAGGAAAGGGAUCGCCAUCUUCGACUUCAUCCUGAGGAUAUGCGCCAUCGUGACCGCUCUCGCCACCGCCGCCUCCAUGGGGACGAGCGAAGAGACGCUCCCCUUCUUCACUCAGUUCUUUCAGUUCCAAGCCAGCUACGAUGACAUCCCGGCUUUUGAGUUUUUCGUGAUCGCGAUGGCAAUAGUAGGUGGUUAUUUGGUGCUUUCACUCCCCUUCUCCAUCGUCACGAUCGUUCGCCCCCGUGCCGUCGGGCCCCGGUUCCUCCUCCUCAUCCUCGACACGGCGGCCCUUACUCUGGCCACCUCCGCCGGCGCGGCGGCGGCCGCCAUAGUCUACCUGGCGCACAACGGCAACCCGAACACGAACUGGCUGGCCAUCUGCCAGCAGUUCGGCGACUUCUGCCAGAAGGUGAGCGGGGCGGUGGUGGGCUCCUUCAUCGCCGUCGUCCUGCUCAUGGUGCUCGUCGUGCUUUCCGCCAUGGCUCUCCGAAGGGUCUGACGACCAAAUG